AUGAAUUCUGUGAAGAGUUUCAACAUGUUGGAAGAAGUGAACCUAGAUUUACAGAACUGUAGAUCGAUUGAGGAGUUCCAAUUUCUCGAUAGAGUUAACGAAGGAACAUUUGGAGUCGUUUACAGAGGAAGCGACAAGAAAACAGGCGACAUUGUUGCCCUAAAACAUUUCAAAAAAAUUAAUGAGACGACCGGAUUCUCCAUCGCCGCGCAGAGAGAGCUCGACCUACUGAUGGAAAUGGAGCACAUCAAUAUUGUCACAGGACACGAGAUCGCGGUGGGCUCCAGAAGUGACGAGGUAUUCCUAGUUAUGGAAUAUGUGCCCAACGAAAUUAACAGUUUAAUGCACACAAUGCGUAACAACAGAGUAGCGUUUGGCCCCGAACACGUAAAGUGCCUCAUGCUUCAAUUACUGACCGCCGUUCAAUAUCUCCACCACAGCAGUGUAUUUCACCGCGAUCUCAAACCAUCCAAUAUUCUAAUUACUGAAGAUGGCAUACUGAAGGUGGCAGAUUUCGGAAUGGCCCGAGAUUUUGAUAUCCCCUAUCAGCAAUAUACGCCGGUUGUGGUAACGCGCUGGUACCGUGCGCCCGAGCUGCUACUACGCAGCAAAACAUACGGCACUCCCAUAGACAUGUGGAGUGUCGGGUGCAUAUUCGCUGAGCUGAUGAAUUUGCAGCCUCUGUUUCCCGGGUCAUCCGAAAUUGAUCAGUUAAAAAUAAUAUUCGAGGUUCUGGGUACACCAUCAGACACAGUUUGGCCCGGCUAUACAAAGUUAACACUGGCAAGCAAUAUAAUAUUCGACGAGUUUCCAUCGGGCGGGUUGCGCAAGAAGAUGAACCAGGACCUACUCACGGAUAACGGAUUUUCUUUGCUGCUUGAAUUGUUGACAUAUGAUCCGACAAUGCGCGCGACAGCAACUGAAGCAUUGCUGCACCCUUACUUUGACGAGCAGCCGUUAGCGGUGGAGCCGGCCAUGUUUAUGACGUCGCUGUGGUCAGAGUACUCCGGCUCUGACUCGGGAAAUGACCAGCAGUACUCCGGCUCUGACACAUGGUACGACGAGCAGUACUCCAGAACUGAGACGGUAGAAGAUCUUACCUCCGCUUCAAGAUCUUCCGUUGGUACAUCGGACAACGAUGACGGUGCGACGUAA